GGUGCCAUAGCCUCCACUCAACCACUGCAGUUGACACUGCAUUUUGCGCAUAGCCGGUCGUCCCAGAAAUUUGAAGAGCCAAACAGUUGAUAAUGGCACAUUCAAUGCUGAAACUGGGGCUGACAUGUGGAAUAAUCCACCUGCUGACCUUUGGAGUCAACGCCGAGGAUCAGCUGAAAAACAACACGAUAGUGAUACAUACUCCUCUCCAGAACUACGAUCAACCCAAUCUCCAGGACUACGAAGAAUGCCAGGAGAACAGGGACAAUUGCAUCAAUGUUUGCGAUGGCAAACAGUCGUGCGAGGACGAGUGUCCUGUGUGCCCGGACCUGUACGUCAAGCCAGUGAUGGUUCAGGGCAUUAACGACACGGAUAUAGUGGCACCACCCCAAGCACCUAUUAAUACGACCAACAUUAUUCGCCUGACCAACGAUAUCAACAAUAUAAUCGAACACCAAAUCCAAAACCGCAAUGAUGUCAAUGUCCAGGUGAGGCAGAAUGUCUCGCAGGUGGGAGGACGUUUUGGACUGGGCUACACUGACAAGGGAUCCUGUUGUUAUGUGGUGCGUUUCACUCGGGAGUGUAAGAAUGAGGCUGGACGCGACUGCAGAGAGAGAAGCCGUCUGCGGGUCUGUGGCGAAAAGUGUCAGGCCAGAGUGAUGUUGGCCAAAAGAGUGGUGCAGUGUGAAGACGAUGACUCCGACAGGUGUCACGAAACCAUCGAAUAUGUGCCACGGCGGAGGAGAGCCCUCCAUCGGAAGACACCCGAAGCUACACGGUGUCAUUACACUGGCAACAGUUGGCCCUACUUCAAUUGCGGACAGAAUCCAGGCCAAAAUAGUGAUUUUGCCCAGCCGACGAGGCCUAAGACCUCUAUCUGCGAGCACUGCCUCAAUUAUCCCUAUGGAUACAUUCUGCAAUAUGGUCUGCCCGCCCAGUGUGCCGGUUGCUUCCAGAGAUACGGAGCUCCCCUCAUGUAUAAUCCUCCUUGGAUGUACAAUCCAUAUUAUGUGGCAUAUCCACCCUUUAACAAUGUACCGGCCAUACAGAACAAUAAUAAUGGCAACAGAGAUGACACCAGUGUAGAUAAAGCCAUUGCAGAUGAAGAGGCCGAUGGAUGGCAUUUAUGUGACGACAUCGAAAAAUGCCAAGACGCGCUGGACAAAGGCUCGCAGAACAACGGGUCACCUGAACAUCUGGAACAGCCACCAGUCAAUGAUGGGGACGGGGACGACGACUACAACGUUGCAGUCCAGCGAAGGAGACGCCGUCAAAGCCGUACCCACUUUGUGAGAUCAGCCUACAGCAAACGCAAUCGCAAGAACAACUGAUCAAUUCCAGAUGAAACCACAAGCUCUCGAGAUUGUUUCUGAUUAACCAAAACUAAGGUGUCUUCAUAUAACUACUACAUUUCUCUACAUAUUUUACUGAAUAAAAGUGUUUUUGCUAACCAAAUGAAAUCA